AAUCCGGAAUAAGCGAGGGCGCCGGUCGCCACAUUCGAAAUAUAUAAACGUGUCAAUAACUGUUCCUCGACGCUCAGUCAGUAUUUUUAUUCGCUGCUGCCAAACUGACGAUUAAUAGUGAACGCCGGCUUUCGUUUCCACGUCCGAGAGAAAACCCGAGGAGGAACGAUGGAACUGUACUCAACGCUGUUAAAUCUCAUCUGUAUUAUCACCGUGUCGUAUACGGUUUCGGGACACCCCUUUUCGUUCCUGCCACGGCAUGCGGUUGAACGAGCUGCUGAACGUAGGAGCAUAGGAAGACAAAUGGUCGAGCACAGAUCUAAUUUUCUAACUCCAUUAGCAGAAUAUGGAGCACGAUCUACCGAACCAAAGCCUGUGGAACCAUGGACUAAAAUUACUCAGAACCCUGUGAACGCCUUAGAAACAACGGUCGGGAGUAGGGUAGAAUUAGAAUGCAAGGCUAGCGGUAGUCCACCACCGGAAAUUCUUUGGUUCACGGGAAGUGGCACUAACGAACAGCUUGUCGAAUACGUCAAAGCCAACACACAUACUUUGUAUGAUCCAUCUGAAGAAUGGCAAGGAGUAGCCAGAAUUAAUUCGAAGCUCGUGAUAGAGUGCAUUACACCGGAUGAUGCUGGAUUGAUCUACUGCGCGUCGGUUUCUGCAAGAGAAGUGAAGGUAUCCACUCCUACAGUGCUGCUGGUUAACAACGAAGAAGGUACCAGCAACAACUGUACAUUCGAAAGUGAACCAACAAUUACAUUAUACUCUCCUACGCGAGUAGCUAACAUAGGAGCAACCGUAGUACUGCCGUGCAGGGCGAGUGGCAAACCAAAACCAGAAAUUUCAUGGAUGGAUAAUUUAAACGUACCGCUAAGUCUGUCGAUGUCAAUGCGGCACAGAGUUUUGGAUAGCGGUGAUCUUCUAAUAGAGGAACUUCUAUGGGAGGACAUGGGUGGUUACACUUGUCAAGCAAAGUCUGGUCAUCGUCAGCAAGUUGUUAGCACGUUCCUCUAUCCGUUACGCCCCGAAACAAAAGUGGACCAGACGGUUAAUUGAAGAGUCAGCAAAGGAUAAGUCUCGAUUGCUUUGAUCAGUCACCUUUUCAUAAUACGACGUGCGAGACAAACGGGAUAGUAUAGAAUCUCCAUGUGUCAAGUUUCAGUGUUCGUUCAAAU